CAAAAAUCAAAGAGAAAAUGUGUAUUGAGUGUGGCCUUCCUACUGUAUGUGAACUCUUGACGGGGGCAUUUUAUUUGCUCAAGGAUCCAGUAGUAUACGCUACGUCCUCUAAGAGUUUCGCCGACAGGCUUGAGGAGGAAGUCGGGAAACUGGAGACAGAGGCUCAAAGGGUCAACGAUUUGGCACGAGCGGCCACAAAGAAUCUUCGGCGUCACAAUGACUGCUUCACGAAGUGGAAGGAAAGUGCCGACAAGGCCUUGGAGGAGGCGCGGAACCGGUUGGAGGCCUUCAAAAAGGAUAGAAAGAGUUGCUGCUACGGGAGACUUCCCAACCCCUAUUGUCGCUAUAAGUUCAGCUCAGAGGCCAAGGACAAGAUCGAGGACAUUAAGAAUCUCGCUCAAGACAGCGUCAGAUUCAGGACAGUGGACGACAUCUGCUUCGUCGGUCCUGCUCCGACUCCGGCCAGGAUAGAAGGCGAAGCUGUCGUCCAGUCGAUCACCACAUCGACGGCCUCUGUUUUUUCUGCGUUGACGUCGGUUAAGCGUAGGGAUGAAGGCGUCUUCAAAUCCAGAGCUUUGAUGAUACAGAAAGUCAUGGACGCUCUUGCCAAUAACAGCAAUAGUGUUGUCGGGGUUUACGGGAUGGGCGGGGUGGGCAAGUCCACCCUUUUGGAGGAUGUCAAAAGGAUACUAAUCGAAGAGAGGUCGUUUGAUUGGGUCGCUAAGGCCGACGUGUCGAAAAAUCCAAACAUCCAUACGAUUCAAGGAAAUAUUGCGGAUGCCUUGGGUCUUACUGACAUAACAAACAAACCGACUAUCGAUGCGCGAGCGGAACUUCUGCACAGGAGGCUGAAAGAAGAGGAGAGUAACAAACAGAAGGUGCUCAUAAUACUGGACAACCUUUGGGAGAGUCUGGACUUGAAAUCAGUCGGCAUUCCUUGCGGACAUGGCAACAAAGCCAUAGGAUGCAAGUUGUUGUUGACGUCGAGAGAUCUUAAUGUUUUGCAAAGGGAAAUGGGCUGCGACAAGGCCUUCGUUCUUGAUGAGCUGCAGGCGGAAGAGGCAAGAGCUUUGUUUGAGAGGAUGGUGGGAGACAAAGUUCGUAAGGACGAGUUCAGACCCUUGGUGAAUGAAGCACUCCACAGAUCUGCAGGUUUGCCUUUCCUAAUUGUCCAAAUGGCAAAUCUUCUUAAACACGCGGAUUCAUCUGGAUGGAGGGAUGCUUUAUAUCAAAUUGAGCGCUGUACAAACGAAGGAAUAAGUGCAAAGAUAAAUACGCUGUUGCAAUUAAGUUAUGAUCAUUUAGAAAGCGAGGAUGCGAAAAGCUUGUUACAACUGUGCGCUGCUUAUGCUGUCUCUGAGCCCUCUCUUGAAAACUUACUGAGGUAUGGCUUUGGUUUGGGGAUAUUUCGAAAAUUUAGCAGCAUGAAAAAAGCCAGAGAUAGGUUGAGCGUACUCAUCAGCACUCUCCAAGCCUCCUCCCUCCUGUUGAAGAUUGGAUAUGGUGAUGGUUUCAAGAUACACGACUUGGUCCGUGACUUUGUUGCCCACUUCAUUUUAAGGGAUCACCCUCUUCUUGUGUUGAAAGACAAAGAAAACUGGGAAACAGAGUUGUCGGAGGACAAGCUCGAAAGUUGUAGGGCAAUAUGCUUUACCUACGCUGACAUGAAGGAGCUUCCCAGAGAAUUACACUGCCCUGAAUUGCAGACCUUUCUGUUGUUGACAAACCGUAAAUCUCUUGAGGUCCCAGACUCAUUAUUUCACUCUAUGGGGAAUCUCAUGGUCUUAAAUCUCACUGGGACACAUCUCACUUGCUCCCCUUCGCCGUUUCAGUUCUUGAAGAGCUUAAAUACUCUGUGUCUUCAGCGUUGUUCGCUAGAUGAUGUGGCCAUUCUUGGCGAGCUAAAAGGGUUACAAAUUCUCAGCAUUGUGGACUCUGACAUUCAGCGAUUGCCGGAACAAAUUGGGCAACUGGUAGAGCUCAGAUUGUUAGAAUUGAGCCGUUGUUCAAAUCUUGAGAUAAUUGAACCGGGUGUACUUGAAAGCUUGACCAACUUGGAGGAGUUGUACAUGGAGCAUAGCUUUGAUCAAUGGAGUGCGGGGGAGCAAACUCCACCAACUAACGCAAGUCUAAUUGAGUUGAAUCACAUGAAGAAACUAUGCACUCUGCAUGUAUCCAUUCCCGACCCGAGUGUGCUCCCAAAGGACCUAGAUGUCGAGAAAUUAACUAAAUACAGAAUCCGAAUUGGUCAUGCGUGGCGUUGGAAACAGUUCAAAGGAUCGAGGACAUUGGAGCUGAAGUUGAAUUCAACAAGCGAUAUUCUUCAGGCAAAAUGCAUACAAAGUGUCUUAUGCAAAACCGACGAUCUGUUUUUGGAAGAGUUGAAAGGAAUUGAGCAAAGUAUCUGCCAGUUAUCCCAAGAAGGUUUCCCACAAUUAAAGCAUCUAGAGGUCACGGAUAGUCCCUCCGUCCAUUACAUCCAAUGCUCUUCCUUUCCUACUUUUAAGGCAUUGGAGAGAUUACUUCUCGAGAAUGUCAUCAAUUUGGAGAAGAUAUGCCACAACCGUAUCUCCAUCGAGUCCUUCAGUACAUUGAAAGUAGUAAAAGUUGAAAGUUGCGACAAGAUGGAAGUUCUAUUUCCUCGUUCCGUGGUCAGACGACUUCCACACCUAGAAAAGAUCAAAGUUAAGGGUUGCGAGUUAAUGCGCGGGAUUGUAGAAGCUGAUGAUGAUCGUGGUAAACUUGAGUUGCCCAAGUUGCGCGUAUUGAAAUUGCGUGAAUUGCCAAAUAUCCAGAAUUUUAUCACCGCCGGUUCGGCUCCUUCGAGCAGUACAUCAGACGACCAAGUUGGCACUCAAAUUGCGUUCUUCAAUGGACGACAGGUAACUUUCUAUGAAAAGAAGAUUAAUUAUUAAUUACUUUUUCCUCCCUUUGCUAAUUAGAUGCAGCACAUAUUAUGAUGCCUAUUCAUUUUGUUAUUUUCAGUUUAUUUUCUUCAUAAU